UUUGUUAUUAAGGCAUGAUAAAAAAAGAGACAAGGAAAACCACUAUAGAAAAAACAAGGAAUUAGUGGAUCCUGAAGACGCCGAUAUGUCACUCAAGUUAGGCGUCACACUUGUUAAAGACAAAAACUGGUUCUACUUGUUAUCAAUGGAAGGGAAACUUUGGAAUGAUGAGCAUCUUGAUGUUAUUUUUUAUUACCUCCGUAAGAAAGGCAAAUAUGAAGAUAACAGCACGUAUAAAUAUACCACCGUCAGCUGUAUACUACAUACCAUAAUCACCAAGAUUUACCAUGCUUGGAAAAAUCCGGAAUCAUCCACAAGUAUUGCUAGCAAGGAAUCUGAUGUAUGUGAGUACAUAAAUGGGUACAGGUUGAUGGGUAAUGUACCAUGGCAUACAGUUGACAACGUAUUAAUCCCUGUCAAUGUGAAAGAGGAAAAUCACUGGAUUUUAGUGGUAAUAUCAUUCAUUGACAGAUGUCUGUAUGUGUACGACUCAUAACGAGCUGCAGGGCAUGAUGCUGUCGUUAGGAGAGAAGUGAACAUGAUGGCUGCCCUUGUGCCACAUCAUCUACAAAUGUCUGGUUUUUAUGAAAAGAAGAAGGAUAUAGAUUUU